CUUCAAAUUAAUUUUAUUAGUAAUGAUUUUUUUAUUUAAUUCAGGCUCAUCUUAAUCACCCCCUUGUUACAUCAAUGUGUAUGCCCUUGAAUUUCGCUAGAAGUGCUCAUGCAUGCUUCUCAUUAUUAAUUGUUUGAUUUAUUUUUAUCAAGUAGAAUCAAAACAAAUCGGAUGUGAAUCGAGAACGACAUUCGUUUAGGGUCAUCGGCACCCUACACUGGACUUGAGAAAAUGUUGGCUCGUGCUCAGAGGAAGUUUGUUAAACUUUCAAGAUGUAGUUCACUGAUUUCCUAUCAACCGCUAAAAUAUCGCAGUUUUCAAUAUUAAUUUAAAAGCUACAUCUAUAUACACGUCACCAUCAUUUACCACUUAUACAGGUUAAUAAGCAGAAUUAUAAAAAGUGCACGAAGAUAAUAAAAUUCAAUGAUCUGAAUUAUUAUGAAUUUUAUCCGCGAUGUACCUUUUAGAAAAAAUUAAAAUAAAGUAGAACAUUUAAUUUUAUUGGAAAAAGUUACUUUGUUCGUUCACUAAAGAUGAAUCAAGAAAAAUACAUAGAAGUAACGAUCAUCGAAUCAGCUGCAGAAAUUCCUACAUCUGACACCUGUUCUGUUAAAUGUUUAAGCACAAUUCACGAACAGAAUAAUCCAAAAGUUGCUCGUCCAUCUGUCGAAAAUAAUGUACAAAAGAGUGUUCCAAUUUCAUCAAGUUUGAAAUCAAACGUCGAAUACCUUCCAUCUCUUCAACAAGGUAGAAACUCUAUCCAAAAAUCACACCAACCGUUAGAUAUUGAACUUCUUUUACGAUAUUAUGCUUGCACUUCUAACAUGGAACAAUCAAUAAACAACGUCCUGGAAAACAGGAAUGAAAAAUCUUUCGAAGGUCCUUUACUCGAACUGGGCGCAGCUACAAAAAUCUGCGACACCUUGAAGGAACCUUCGUCCACUGGUUCUAUAUUAACCACCUUCCGAUUUCACAAUAUUUUAUCGAGAUUACGACAUCUAAUUGGUACGUGUAACAAGAACAAAUUAGAACAAAUCCUGUCGAACGAUCCUUCGAUGAAGAUGUGCAAAUACUGCGGUGUGAUCAGUUGUUCGAAAUCUUCGAAUAUUCCUGUUGAACCGAGAAAAUCUCCUCCAAACACUUCUUAUUUCUUGAGCACAGAUAUCUUUUCAAAUGAAGAUGACGACUCGACGAUUCACAAACAAGUAAAGAAAUUAAAUCCUAAAAAAACUGUUGAAAAAGAUGUUACUAGGCGUCGUAAAAUUAAUCGAAAGAAAGGAAAUGAGAUAAAUGGAAAUUCAGGAAGAGUCGAAACUAUGAUAGCUGAGCGUGAAAACGAUAGCCAAGUAAAUGCCAGAAAAUCUGUAAAAAAUGAAGCGGAAUCGCAGGUUACAAAAUCGCCACCUUUCAAACGAGAAGUGCAUAAAACUGCAGUUGCAACGAAGAAUGCACCAUCACAGCAAACAAAAAUGAAUCCUGCCGUUGAAAAUAAAGAUAUAGUUAAAAACAGUGCCGAUGCCAAUUUCACAAAUAACUUUUCGUCCGAUAAACGUUUCAGGCUGCUAGACUCUAAACAAAGAUUAAUAGAAAAUACAUUGAAUCAUAAACGCAAUAAUUUAAACGUUGACGAACCUAAUGAAAAAGUCGUGAAGGAUAUUUUAUAUGAAAAAUCAACACUUCGGUUACCGGAGUGUACGCAUGUAGGUUCUGUAAGAAAUGUAAAUACUAAAGAAAAUCAAUCAAAUAAUCUUGAAAUCGGAAGCCCCCCGUUUGUUAAUACAACGACGUAUUUGGCACGUGGCCGUCCUGAAUCGUUAGACAAAAGAAAUAAAGAAUUCGUUUCGCAACUCGAUGAAAGAACGUGCGUACAUUCUAGACGGCCUGAAGACCAACAUAGUUUCAUUCUUCACACUGACCAAAUUGAUAAUCCGCAAUUAAAUUUAGAUUCUUUGAAGAUUCAUUCCAAACUUUCUCCAAAUGAUACUUCUUCAAAUCCUAAAAAUUUUCAAGAAUCUAACAGUUUUACUUGUUUGAUGGAAGAUGAUUCUCUAGAAAAUUGUAUUAAGUCUGAGACACUGGUAGAGUCUAGCGAAAGUGACACCACAGUGAUCAGCUCCUCUUCCGCAGAGAAUAUGAUUCGUAAAUGGGUGAAAUCAUUAAGAAUCGAUAACGAAACUCGUCAAAAGUCAGUCACGUUGAAACACUCUAUGGAUGACUUGCAAUUAGAUACAAAGCUUCGAUCCCUUUGGAACAAUGACAGAUCUAUUAAACCCACAUCAAUUAAAGAGGAACAUAAUUUAGGAAGUCAUAUCUUGAGGAAGAUAUCGCAUUCUGUGCCAUCGAAACGUCCCAAAAAUACUUUUGGACAGACCAUGUCGUAUACACUUGACUCAAAGUCACCCAACGAUCAACAAUUAUUAAAUAAUAAAAUAAGAGCAUCAAGUUUCAGAAAUAUUGAAAGUUGUGGUGGUAAGAGAUUAUUUGGAUCUUUCAGGAGAGCCAUGAGAUCUAAAGAGAUGGACUUGAAUGUUGAAUCUUUUACCUUUCCUGGCAAUCAUUUUCUGGGUGAUCAUUUUAGAAACAUUACACGAAGGAUCAUUUACAAUGAUUCCUCUUUGAAGAACAUUAGUGGUAAUUCUGAAACGUGUGAUGGUGCAGAAAAUAUAUUAUUGUUAUAUAGAAAAAUUCUUGAAAGCACAGAAAAGAUGAACUGGCAGAAUUUUCAAAGAUUCAUCGAAGAAUUGCAUCCUAAUCAGAAAGAAGUUUGGCGAAAUAUUUGCAUGGUUAUUGAUAACGAAGCGCGAAGAUUGGCCGAUAAAGGUAACACGGAAGUGUGCAUAGAGAUCACUUCCGCUCCCUUGGAAACGACGAUGGAGGACAGAACGUGUAACGACGAGAUCGUGUUCGAGAUGGACAUAACACUUGAAGAAGUGAAGAGGUGUCUUGGUAGGCAGCUGGGUUCCACUGAGAAAGCAAAACUUGACAUCCUUCAGACAGCCAAUGAAGUUAUUAAACUUCGAAAUGAUGACGUUUGUGAUACUGAAGUGGUCUUCAAUCAAGCUGAAUAGACAGUAUUGGGUGCUUUCAAUUUUCCUUGCACGUUACAUUGAUUUCUUCCUCGCAUACCUUAUCGUGCACCUCUAGUCUGAAUUUCUCUCCUAUUUUUGUACUAUUAAACAUUCGAAAUUUUUAUAAAAAGAAUCUUAUAUUUAAACUAAAA